AUGGCCUCAUCUACGCUAGUUCGCACACUUGAACAUCAUGUCAAAAGAAUCCUAAUGGUUCGUCCUACACAUUUCGAACUCAAAUAUUCUAUCAACCCUUGGAUGGACAUGAAGAGAGGAGUGAAUAGAGAGAAAGCGUUGAAACAAUGGGAUCAGUUGAAAAACACAAUUGAAAAUAGUGGUGCCAAAGUGGAAGUUAUGGAAUCAACGGGCGCUGAAAGUCUCCCGGAUAUUGUUUUCGCCGCCAAUGCAGCCAUCAUUAAGGGAAAUAAAGCGUAUUUGGCGAGCUUCGCGCACCCGGAAAGACAGGGAGAAAGAUACUUCUACGAGCAGUGGUUCACAAAUAAUGGUUAUGAAUGCGUCGGAGAUCAAGAUAUUCCAUCGGAAGGUGCGGGUGAUGCUCUCUGGGGUGGUGAUCAAUUGCGCACUCUGUUCAUGGGCGUGGGAACCCGAACCGACGUAAGAGCACUUCGCGAUGUUGCAAAUAAACUCGACGAUGGCACCAACUGGAAAGUGAUUGGGUGUCGACUCGUUGAUCCGAGGUUCUACCACAUUGACACCGCCUUCUGCCCACUCAACGAGGACGUGGCCAUAUACUACCCGUAUGCUUUCGAUCAUAUCACCCGUCAUAAUAUGAGAAAUGAGACGGAUUUGAUUGAGGUUUCUCAGAAGGAGGCCCGUAAUUUCGCUUGCAACGCUGUCGUCGUUGGACAAAAUGUUAUCAUGCAUCAAGGAAAUGAAGAGAUUGCUAACAAGUUGGUUAAAUUGGGAUUCACUGUCAGAUUCGUCGACAUGAGCGAAUUUAUCAAGUCAGGAGGAUCUUCAAAAUGUUGCACACUUCAAAUCUAA